GACAAAAACAAAAACACAGAAGUAUUUCAUUUUCUGAAAUUUUUUAAAAAUGAAUCCUCUCACGAAUGUUAAGAACAUAACGAAGUUAAAUGAAACUGAAUUGUCUGCUGGUACAACAAAUAAAAAGUCAUGGCAUGACAUGUACAAGGAAAGUGCAUGGGUUUUCAUAGGAGGUUUGCCCUAUGAUUUAACUGAAGGUGAUGUUUUGACAGUAUUUUCACAGUAUGGUGAAAUAGUUAACAUCAAUUUAGUACGAGACAAAAAAACUGGCAAAACAAAAGGAUUUUGCUUUUUGUGUUAUGCAAAUCAAAAAAGUACUGUACUGGCUGUUGAUAAUUUUAAUGGAAUUAAGAUAUGUGGUCGAACCAUAAGAGUUGAUCAUGUCGCAAAUUAUAAACCACCUAAAGAAGAUGAACGGGAUGAUGAGCUUACGAGAACGUUGAAAGCAGAAGGUUGUGCUCCAAAGCCCAUUAAAACAGAACUUGCUGAAUCUGUUGUGAAGAAGCCAAAGAAGAAAAAGGUCAAGAAAGUCGUCAAACUCUUUAUAUGGCAAAAUACAUUGAAGAAGCAAAUGUGGCAUUAUAAGUUGGAAUAA